AUGGCUCACCCUUUUGGUCAACAAUCAGAGACUGGGCAGUGUAGGAGCACCAGGAUUCGUGACAAAGGGGCUCCUCAAGCCCCUAAACCCUCCCCAGCCUCAGGCAGCCAGAAGAAGGCCCAGGAUUCAACCUUGGCUAGUGGCUCUAAGCGACAAAACACUAAGAAGACCUCUGCAGCUGCUAAGACUGGGACUGGGACUGUGGCUGAAGGUGAUAAUGAUAAUGACCCGGCACCGGGCCCCUCCAUUGCCCCUCCAGGUCGAACUCGCAAACGGGCUGCAAGCCCAGAACCAAAAGUCCCUACUGCACCUUCCUCUACAGUCCAGGCAGCUAAAGCAGGAAGAAAGAGGGCAAAACAAGAUGAUUCGAAAGGGAAGGGUGCUACUCAGCAAACACACUUUGCUGAGGGAGUCACUGCAAUUUCUGACUCCAUGUCUGAAUCAGCAAAGUCCAAAUCAACUCUUCAAAUUUCGGAUACUGCUCCAAGUGCAGUGGACACUGAAAGCAGAGAUGAUGCAACUGGUGACUUUGAAGAGUUCGAUAUCCCCAGCAGUGAUGAGGAUGUUGAUGAAGACAGAAACCAACAGGACGAAGAUAACAAAGAACAAGAUACUAUUCAGCUUUUGAGUGGAUUGAAAGUUACAAUCCAAUUCAUUGGUCCUGGGUCAUCUCCAUGGAACAAUGUAAUUUCCCCCUAUAGCCAUGCCGCUUGGCCAUCCACUCAGGUUGAAGUGGAUGGAUGGAGUGUCUUGAUGCAGGAUAUUCUUUCCACUGCCCAGGAGUAUCUAGGUACUGAUCGGAUUACAAAUGAAUCUCGUAUCUCAUACCUGGAUGGCGAAGACACUAUUCAACUUGGAAAAGUUGAGAGUGACUCUUGCAGGACAUAUCGUAUCCAUAUUCUUCAUGAACAUCAAAGGAUUAUUUACAUUUAUAACUCAACAUCCACUCUUACCCAAACUACUCAGCUUGGCCCCUCUAUUCCUCACCCCAAUCCAAUGAAUCCCACUAUCCCAUAUACACCACCUACUGAACCAGCCCCUUCUGCCACAAUUGGAAAGGCUUCCCUUGGGGAACUCAGUAACCUCUGGAAGGUGCAGCAAACUACAGAGAAGCAAGCCCAAUUCAAUGCUUUGAAGGACUCUCACCGUACAACAGCUCGCAGCAUUUAUGAGACACUAGCAAUUGUGAAGGAGUUCACUCAAUCUGUUCCAAUUAUCCCUGCUUCCUUUCCUGGACAUGGAAAGGCUGUCCCUCUCUGA